AUGGCCCCACGAAGCAUCAUCACAGCCUACCCUCAAGGCCACCGGCGCUAUGUCUCGCCCCCAAUCAGCCCCUCCACAUUCGCCCCGGACGCGAACGACAUCCUCGCGGAGCUGGGCCUACGCGCCGACGACUCGGCUUCGAGCGCGGGCGACUCCAGCACGGGGUUCUCGACGAUCGACUCGGGCGUCAGCGUGAACGGGGGUGGGAGCGGGACUGUGAGCGGGGCCGGCGGUCGGAGGAGGCGGCGUCGGAAUCGUAACCGGAACGGCAACGGCAACGGACACAGUAAAGAAAACAGCACUCAGACGGCACACAAUGGCAGCAGUGGAAACAUCAGUAUCGAUAACAAGAAUAGCCACGGCGGGAAUUUCAACAGGCAGACGACGGUGGUGAUGCCCCGACAGGGCGGCGAGCGGGACGAGAAGCCUGUGCGCUUACAGAUUGGGUUAAAUCUGGACGUCGAUUUGGAGCUCAAGGCGAAACUGAAGGGAGAUAUUUGCUUAUCUUUGGUAGUGGAGAGGAAGUUCUCCAAACGCGAAUCGAUACGGGUGAAGCCCAACUGGAAGGGCGAAGUCGACGUCAAAGAGAUGUUCCACAUGCGCCUCGGCAAAUUCAGCUUCAGACAGCGCUGGAUCGAUCGCGAAGUCAGCGAGAGUCUCACUUUGGCGAUUGGAGUCUCGCUCGCCAUGGGCGGGUUUGUUGCGGGAUUUGCGGCGUCGAAAUGGCUCUGCUGA